UCUGUUCGUGCGUUAUAUAAUAUAUGUAGGAAAUUCUUUUUGAGAGUUUCAAUGCGGCCAUGUCCUCUAGUUGAGUCAGACUGAGGGUGAUCCACUGGUCACAGAGUAAAUUGUAAAUUAUACUUGUGUGUCAUUUAAUAAUGGCAUUCAAUCGAUUACCGAGCUAUGAAAUAUUUCGGUUCUUAAUUGUUUUUAAAGUACAAAUUACACGUAGAACAACCCUUAAACGGUGAUAAUAUCAGGGAAUAAGCAUGAAAUCCAUCAUUAUUCUUAAUGUACUUUAUAAGCGACAUAUUUCAAGCUGUCAUACACAGCAGAGACACACAGGUCUCAAAAUCUAAUGUUACCGUCUAUUGACUUUAUAUCUCAAAUAAGGAGCGUCUGAUCAAAACCAGAGCCUACAACAGUGACCUUGAGUUUCAAAAUACUUAGAGUUAUAACAAUAAAAAAUAAUAAUUGUUAGUAAUUGUACCGAAUAUACACCACUUUUUAAGAACUCAAAAUACUUUCAAUAUGCCCCCUGCAAUAAGCUAAUAUCAGAAACAUAAGAAACCCAAAAUUAAGUAUUCAAUCUAUUGGGUUGUCUCAUAUGUGUAUUCAUACCACUUUCAUGAAAGUUUGGUUAUUGCAUCAACACCACAAAACUGUAUGGGACAAUUCAAUAAAUUCCUAAAAUAUAUUAGAUUUUAUUAAGAUUAAAUUCAUCAGUGCAAGUCACGUUUCACAAGAAAAACAGUUAUGCAUCAAAGAGUUGCGUGGCGUGCUUGUCGAUUGGAAAAAAUAAAAAUAAAGUAUAAAGAUCUAUAAGAAGCAUCGUUCCAUGAAAGAUAGAAGGUUCCAUUCUAAAUUUUUGAAUCGAAUAUGGGUCAAUAAUUCCACGGCGCCGUACAUAUGCCCGUUGGACGUAAGGUGGGAGUAAAAGAAGGGUGUCUUAAGAAGAUGGGUUCAAUGUGAUAUACUCAUUCUUUUAAAGUACAGUUGAUUUUCGUGUACCCAUUUAAAAUUACCAUAUAAAAACAAGGUGGUCAAUAGUUUAUCACGUCGUCUGUAUACGUACACCUGUCUGCCAUGAAGUUGCAGACAGGAAUAGGAAGGGGUUAUGGUCAAUAAACGCAACCACAUCACACGCAGCCUAUCGGCGACCUCGCUUGGCCCCUUAAAGUGGCUCCGAACGAAAAUCUUACAUGUCGGCCGAUAUUGCUUUUGUGCGUUUGUCUGCGAGAUAUCUUGAGAAACCCCGGCUUGUUUUUAUAGAGAGUGACGUCGCCGUAAUCGGCCGAGUACCAGGAAGAUACGGAUGUGAAAUGAGACCAGUUCGUCGACCGAUUUAACGUCCUCAAGGGUUGAUUAUAGCAAGGAGUAUACCUGAAUCUAUUAUUAGGUGCCUUUUGUAAGAUAGGACUAUAUCUUGUAACACUGGAAUUGCUUAACCAGGAUAUAGCAAGAGAUUGUAGUGUGCGAAGCUGAGAGGGACCAGGAAUAGCUGGAAGCGUAUGCCCAGCAAAGAAUUUAUUAAGAACACUUUUAUUUGAAUUUUAUAAAGAUGCGACUCAUUGUAGAUGAUUGUUUUGGCACCACGCAUAAUACCGUGUUAUGCCCAAAGCCAAGAAGAAAUCUUACCUCACAAAGGUAAGGGAAAUGCGUGAAUAUAGACGACAAAGACUAAUGUCAGAAACAGCAGAGGAACGUGCUAUAAGAUUGUAUACGGCGGCUGAGAGGAUGAAGAACGCCAGGGCAAAGGAAACAGAGGAGCAGGCAGCAAUGCGUAGAAUGCAAGAAGCCCAGAGGAUGGCUCGUCAUCGUGCCAAGAAGAAGCGUUGUCUGGACGAGAAUCUAGCACGUGAGAUAUCAAAGAUAGCAGAAUUUUCAAAGAUGCCAGAUGCAGCAACAAUAGCCCAAAUGUCUGAGAUGAAUAUGAACAAGAUAUCUGCAGAAUUGAAGCAAAUGAUGGAACGUGGUAAAGUCCCAGAGCACAUAGUGCAAAUGGCGCAAUUUGCUGAGUUCAGUAAAAUGACUGACUUAAACAAAAUGUCCCAGGACAUGGCAAAACGUUAUGAGAUGGAAAAAAUGGCUGAAUAUGCAAAGACAACGGAGUACAUGAAAAUGCAGGAAAUAGCUAAGAUGUCAGAACUUGCCAAGAUGAAUGAGAUAGUUAAAUUCUCGGAGAUGGCUAAGUACAACGACAUCAAAAAGAUGAAUGAGAUAGCAAAGAUGAACGAGAUGAUGAAGAUGUCACAGAUGGCUAAAAUAAAUGAAGUACAACGUAUGAACGAGAUAGCCAAACUUAACGAGAUGGUUAAGAUGACUGAGAUGGCGAAGUACAACAAUGAUAUAACAAAGCUCAACGAGAUAGCGCAGAUAAACGAGAUGGCUAAAGAGAUAGCAAAGAUGAAUGAGAAGAGCAAAAUGAACGAGAUGAUCAAAAUGGCGAAUAUGCAAAACGACAUAACAAAGAUGCCGGAGUAUUCAAAAAUGGCCGAAAUGGCUAAACUUACGGAAUUAGCUAAACUCAAUGAAAUUACUAUUACAAAAUUGAAUGAUCCACCAGCUCCAAAAGUACCCGAAAUCUCCCGAAUACCUGAACCCGUCAUUACCGUGCCAAAUCCACGAAAUCUUCAAAACGUGCAAACAGUUCAAGUAGCCCAAGCUAGUCCAUCCAGCACCAUAAACUUCCCUACUGUUCCUGGUCAGGGAAAAUACGCCCAGCUACUUGUUAUCAUCGAGGAACUCGGUAGGGAUAUUCGCCUUUCGUAUGCAGGUAGCCGUAGUGCAGCUGAACGCCUAAAAAUGGGAAUUCAACACGCCAGAAUCCUCGUACGAGAAUGUCUUCUAGAAACUGAGCAUAAUGCACGACAAUGAUCUGCCGAUAUUCUUAGUCUCUAGGUUUCUAGAAGAUUAUUUUACAUAAUUAUGCUAUCCACAAUGUAUCGAGUACAGUCGUAUAUUUUACACGGGAGUGUUUCGGCAUCCGUAGGAACCAUUAAACAAUCAUAUAUAUAUAUAUACAUAUACAGCCACGUAUAUGCAUAUGUAUCCCAAAACAUAGUAAAUAGUGGUUAUAGCGUGCAAAUAACGAUUCAAUCGAGUUUUACGCUGUCGUAGAGAAUUAUGAUUGAAAUGUUAUGAGGUACCAUAGUAUAUCUAUUGUAUUUUGUAAUGAAUUUCAAGAGGGUUUGAUAAAGCCAAAGUAAGAUUAUUGUAGCUGGUACAGCUUUUUCAUUUUGAAUUGUUCAUUUUCUUAGCCAAAGCCUAAACGGCUGAUAAAACUAUAUAGAAAGGAAUCGUGCAUUUAUACUGAUGAGACCGGUACAUUUAUUAUAAAUGUAAUAAUGUUAAAUGAACUUUAUGCUUGUAGAAUUGGAAAUUAAUUUCCUUCGGUUUCCCUUUGUGAUAUGUGUUAUUGGGGUUUCGUUUAUCGUUUAUUGUAUCAGUACGUCUUCUCGGUCGUCGAACACUCCCAGAUCUUUGAGUAAUUGAAGUAUUGUUUAGUGUUUUGCGACUAAGGUGAAUGUACCUAUUGCGGAGAGAAUGUAUUAACCAGUUACAUACCUAUUGAGGUCAUGUAUUUUUCUUUGUACUUUAUUGAAGAGGGAAUGAUAUCUGUUUGUUUUAUUUAACGAAUACCUAAUAUUCACGUUUAUUAUUACGUAUACGUAUGGCGAAAUUUGAUCAAACGCAAUGUGUACCUAUAUUAUUGCAUAUAGGAUUAUACAUAUAAGAUAUUGCUAAAUAAUAAAGUACCAUUUUCUAAUGUA